ACCUGAUAUUUUAUAUUUAGUCAUUAUAAUAUAUAAAUAUAAAUAUCUAACAAAUAAAAUGUAUGAAAAGUUUGAAGAAAGUAAUUUAGCAGAAAAUGAAAGUACAAAUCGAUUGCCGGAAGAUUUUGCUGAGAUUGAGGAAAGACUGGGAUCUACUGAUUUAUCGACGAAUAAUAUUGUUUCAAGCUCUUCUCAAGAUAUAGUUAAUAAUCAUGAACAAGUAUCAUUCAAGGAUAGUAUAACUUAUUUACAUCAAUUAGAUAAAAACAAUUUUACCGUUUUACCUCGAGAUAGAGAAUCUAGUGUCGAAACUCAAAACAAUGAAAACAUUGUGAGAUCAAGCGACUCAGAUAUAAGUAUAUCUCAAGGAACUUGUAAAGAAUCUUCGAUAAGCAACAUGAAAAAUUCAUUAAAUACAGAAACAAAUUUAUCAGCUUGUAAUUCCAGUGAAAUUUUGAUGGACCAAAAAUUUCUAUGUAAACAAAUAAGCAAAGAAAUUAUUAGUGAAAAUAAAAAAUGUAAUAAACCAUUAAGUGAUGAUGACAAUCAAUUGUAUAUAGAACUCUCAAAUUCAGGAAUAUUGAAAUUUGAUGAGCCUCGAUAUUGUAAUAAUAUCAGUUUAGCCGGUAUAAAUUUUAAUCAUACCAUGAAGUCCUGUCAUUCUGAAAACAACACUGAAGUAAUAUGUACUUCCAAACCCGCUAUGCAGAAUCAGGAGGGCUCGUUGCGUAAUGAAGAAAAUAUUAAUAAUGCCAGUAGCACAAUGUUGAACAAUGAAGAACCAAUGUUGCGUUUAGUACAAACAGAGACUGGUGAGCAAUUUUAUGAAUUUAUAAUAAGCAAUUUGGUCGAAAAAAUGCAGAACGCUUCAUGUGCAAAGGAUCUAGAAGAUACAUUAGGAGAUCCGUCAGAUGCCUUUAGAAACAGUCAAAAAAUCAAUUCAAGUCCAAAAGGAAAUGAAAAAAUCAAUCAGAUAGAGCAUCAACAAGCUUUGGAUGGUCUUGAUAUAAAUAACGAAUUUAAUUAUACACAAUUUGAUUUUAAUAGAGAGGAAAAAAAUUGUGCUAUUUUAAGGCAUGAUGUAACUGAACAUUUUAAACAAAAUUCAAAGAACGAGUGUGUAAGUAAUAUGCAGGAAAAAAAUCAGAUCUACAAUUCUGGUAACUUGGAAUUACUGGAGAACGAAUCACAUGUAGAUUUUGACAAGUACGUCGAAACUAAUCUUGAAUCGUUUGAAAGACUGAAUUACGAAAAUUGCAAUGAAAAAUUUUUGGAAUUCGUGGAGGUUGCUGAUAUUGGCAUAGAAUCCUCAGGUUACAAAGAACUUUCAAUGGUAUGUUUGAUUCAAAAUGAUGGUGAACAACUGUUGGAAUUAUUGCAGGAUUCUCAGGCCGAGCAAGAAACAAAUCAAGAUUUUAUACAAUCUAAUAAUUUCAAAGUUAGUUCAAACAUUUUGCAAGAUAGUGAUAAAAUAGCUGAUUGUCCCAAAAGUAAAUCAGACUUCUUUACAUAUGUCGAGGAUAAUGUGCCAUUAGAAGAAGGUAUAAAUAGCAACCGAGGCAUAAAAAAUAUUGAAAAAUGUACAAAUAGCAGUAACCAAUUACCUACAGAUGUAACGACUACUGAAGAUGCAAAUAAUAAGAACGUCACCACGUCAGAAGAAUUAAAAAAAUCAAAAACAAUUUCAAAAAAGUUCCAAUGCUUAGUAUGCAAGAAAGCAUUUUCAACAGCAUACAAUUAUAAACAACAUAUUGGAAUACACUUUACCGAUCAGCAAAAAUUUCAUUGUAAGGAUUGUGGGGUAUCCUUCGCUUGGAAAUCUACUUUGAACAAGCAUAUCGCAAACAAUCAUAGCUCAAAUGGCCCACAAAAAUUUGUCUGCGAGAUCUGUCCGAAAGUCUACAGCACCUUAUCACAAGUAAACGAGCAUGUAAAGAGGGACCAUUUGAAACAGCGCAAUCACGUUUGUCCACACUGCGGCAAGUCUUUCUUUAAAAGAUUCGACCUGAAGACUCACAGUAGAACGCACACGAACGAACGUCCAUAUGUGUGUCGUGUUUGCGGCAAAAGAUUUCAUCAUCAAAGCCACAUUAUUCGUCACGAGCGCACACAUUCAGGUGAGCGACCGUAUGUUUGCGACAUUUGUCAAAAAACUUUUACGCAACCCAGCUCGUUAAAAACGCAUAAGCAAAAACAUCAGCAAAUUCGGAUGGAUUUUCUAGAUUACCAGAUCGAUGAGGAUGAUCCUAUUGCAUUAGCGACUUUGUAAAACUGAUAAGACAUGUCUUAUGAAAUAAAUGUAUCACGAUGUUCCGUUUGGCGUGUGAAGAAAAUGAAGAAGCAGUGGAUGUAUAAUACUAGUAAUCAGUUCUACAAUUUCUAUUUUAUUAGCAUUGUUAUGAUCAUGUUGUUAUCUUUUUAAUUAAAACUGUUGAAAAAAAA